AUGAGCGCGGCCCCGGGCACCUCCCGCGCCCCCCAGCCGCUGCUCCGCUUCCCCGAGGGGGCGGGCCGAGGCGGUGGGAGGGCAGCGGGGGGAGGUGGUGGCCCGGGGCCGUGCCCCUGCCCCUGCCCAGGGGGGCCGCGAAAGCGGCGGCGGACCACGUUCAGCCGGGGGCAGCUGUCGGAGCUGGAGCGGGCCUUCGCCGCAGUGCCCUACCCGGACAUCGCCACCCGGGAGCGCCUGGCCGAGCUCACCCAGCUGCCCGAGGCCAAGAUCCAGGUCUGGUUCCAGAACCGCCGCGCCCGCAGGAUCCGCAGCGCCAAACCGGAGCUGCUGCCUCUACCGCCGCUGCCGCCUCCCGGGGAGCGGGGUCCCCCAGCAGCACCCCCCGACGGCAGCACCCCGGACCCGGCCCCUGCCCUGCCACCGCCGGGAGCCCGCAGCCCUGCUCGGGGCCUCCCCACCUCGCUGGGCUCCAUCUCCGACCUCAUCUACAGCGCGGCCAUCACCAACCUGGGCGAGCUGUAG